CUCCCCCAUGGAGGAGGAGGAGGGGGCGGCGGCCAAGGAGUGGGGCACGAGCCCCGCAGGGCCCGUCUGGACCGCGGUGUUCGACUACGAGGCGGCGGGCGACGAGGAGCUGACGCUGCGGAGGGGCGACCGCGUCCAGGUGCUUUCCCAGGACUGUGCUGUUUCGGGCGACGAGGGCUGGUGGACCGGACAGCUUCCCGGCGGCCGUGUGGGCGUCUUUCCCAGCAACUACGUGGCCCCCGGCCCCCCUGCCACACCCGCGGGCCUUCAGCUGCCCCAGGAGAUCCCCUUCCACGAGCUGCAGCUAGAGGAGAUCAUCGGUGUAGGAGGUUUUGGCAAGGUCUAUCGGGCCUUGUGGCGCGGCGAGGAGGUGGCCGUCAAGGCCGCCCGGCUGGACCCUGAGCGGGAUCCAGCAGUGACAGCAGAGCAGGUGCGCCAGGAGGCCCGGCUCUUUGGAGCCCUGCAGCACCCCAACAUCAUUGCCCUUAGGGGCGCCUGCCUCAGCCCCCCACACCUCUGCCUGAUAAUGGAGUAUGCCAGGGGAGGCGCACUGAGCAGGGUGCUGGCAGGUCGCCGGGUUCCCCCUCACGUGCUGGUCAACUGGGCUGUGCAGGUGGCCCGGGGCAUGAACUACCUACACAAUGAUGCCCCUGUGCCCAUCAUCCACCGGGACCUCAAGUCAAUCAACAUCCUUAUUCUGGAGGCCAUCGAGAACCACAACCUCGCUGACACGGUGCUCAAGAUCACAGACUUUGGCCUCGCUCGCGAGUGGCACAAGACCACCAAAAUGAGCGCUGCAGGGACCUACGCCUGGAUGGCGCCGGAGGUUAUCCGUCUCUCCCUCUUCUCCAAAAGCAGUGAUGUCUGGAGGUCUUCGGGGUUGCUGCUCUGGGAGCUGCUGACGGGUGAGGUCCCCUACCGUGAAAUCGACGCCUUGGCUGUGGCAUAUGGUGUGGCUAUGAACAAGCUGACGCUGCCCAUCCCCUCCACGUGCCCCGAGCCCUUUGCCCACCUACUGGAGGAAUGCUGGGACCCAGACCCCCACGGGCGACCAGAUUUCAGCAGUAUCUUGAAGCAGCUUGAAAACAUUGAACAGUCAGCCCUGUUCCAGAUGCCACUGGAGUCCUUCCACUCACUGCAGGAAGACUGGAAGCUAGAGAUCCAACACAUGUUUGAUGACCUUCGGACCAAGGAGAAGGAGCUCCGGAGCCGUGAGGAGGAGCUGCUGCGGGCAGCACAGGAGCAGCGCUUCCAGGAGGAGCAGCUGCGGCGGCGGGAACAGGAGCUGGCAGAGCGGGAGAUGGACAUUGUGGAACGUGAGCUGCACCUGCUCAUGUGCCAGCUGAGCCAGGAGAAGCCCAGGGUCCGCAAACGCAAGGGCAACUUCAAGCGCAGCCGUCUGCUGAAGCUGCGGGAAGGAAGCAGCCACAUCAGCCUACCCUCCGGCUUCGAGCAUAAGAUCACAGUCCAGGCCUCUCCAACCCUGGACAAGCGGAAAGGAUCCGAUGGGGCCAGCCCCCCUGCAAGCCCCAGCAUCAUCCCCCGGCUGAGGGCCAUUCGCCUGACUCCUGUGGACUGUGGUGGUGGUGGCGGCAGCAGUGGCAGCAGCAGUGGUGGCAGUGGGACAUGGGGCCGCAGUGGGCCCCCAAAGAAGGAAGAACUGGUUGGGGGCAAGAAGAAGGGCCGGACAUGGGGACCCAGCUCCACCCUGCAGAAGGAGCGGGCUGGAGGAGAGGAGAGGCUGAAGGCCCUGGGGGAAGGAAGCAAACAGUGGUCAUCCAGCGCCCCCAACCUGGGCAAAUCCCCCAAACACACACCCAUCGCCCCUGCCUUUGCCAGCCUCAAUGAGAUGGAGGAGUUCGCGGAGGCGGACGGCGGCAGCAGCGUGUCCCCUUCCCGCUACACUCCCCCCUCCUACCUCACGGUGCCACUGCCCGCUGAGCCCUCCCCAGGGGCGCGGCAGGCUCGCUGGGAGCCGGCGCCGGCCUCACCCGCCUUCCGGCCUGGGCACGGCGCGCGGCGGCGCUGCGACCUCGGCCUCAGCCCGCCCGGGCGCCCCCUGGGCCGCCGCGACGACGCGGCCCUCGGCCCGGGCCUGGCGUCCUCGGCCACCCUCGUGUCGCUGUCGUCAGUGUCCGACUGCAACUCCACGCGUUCGCUGCUGCGCUCCGACAGCGACGAGGCCGCGCCGGCCGCGCCCUCCCCGCCGCCCUCCCCACCCGCGCCGUCCCCAUCGCCGUCACCGUCGCCCAGCACCAACCCUCUGGUGGACCUGGAGCUGGAGAGCUUCAAGAAGGACCCCCGCCAGUCGCUCACGCCCACCCAUGUCACGGCUGCGCGCGCUGUGAGCCGUGGGCACCGGCGGACGCCGUCAGACGGGGCGCUGGGGCAGCUGGGGCCACCCGAGCCCGCAGGCCACGGCCCUGGCCCUCGAGACCACCUGGACUUCCCCUGUCUGCCCGACCCCCAGGCCCUGUUCCCACCCCGCCGCCGGCCCCCCGAGUUCCCAGGCCGCCCCACCACCCUGACCUUUGCCCCAAGACCCCGACCAGCUGCCAGCCGCCCCCGCCUGGACCCCUGGAAACUGGUCUCCUUUGGCCGGACGCUAAGCAUCUCACCUCCCAGCAGGCCAGACACUCUGGAGAGCCCUGGGUCGGCCAGCAUGCAGCCAACACUGCUCGAUAUUGACAUGGAGGGGCAGAGCCAAGACAACACAGUGCCCCUGUGCGGGGCCCAAGGCACCCACUGAGGCCUGCCCACACCACCCGCCUGGGCAGCCAUGAAUGUAGCGCCCCAGGCCCCACCCCAGCCCACCAUGCCACAAGGUGGGGAGGCCCUGGGCAGGAUACUCACUCUAUUUAUUGGGGAAGGGGGGAGGGAGGGACACUUAACUUAUUCGUUUGUACCCAAAGGUGUGGAGCCCUGUGCCCACCCUGCAGUGGAGGGGGGAGGGACGGUGGGCAGGGAUACUCAGGGACAGGGCAUCAUGGGAGAUUUGGCACAAAAUGCAGCAUUAAAGGUAACCCCUGCCCCCUA